AUGCAUCGGACAGUGAUCGCCAUGUUCGCACUUCUGUCCGUGGUGGCUUGUGUUGCGCCGGAAGCACCGCCACUUCGUUUCCGGCCACGGUUCGUGGCGCAGCGAUCCAACGCACGAUUCGCCCGGCUGGAGGAAGCACCGCCGGCGGCGGAGGAGCCCAGCUCCGGAGAGAGCCCAUCCACCGGCUAUCAGUACCCGAAACCGACGUCUUCCGGUUAUCAGUACCCGAAACCGGACCAAGCUUUCCCCCUGCCCGGCGAGGACGGGCCAACGGAAGUGGGCCCCGAAACGACAACCGCAGGCACCGAGGUGACCACCAGCGCGGCUCCCGAGGAUUACGAGGACUCCACGGGCGCGGCGGAAGACUCAAACAACGGUGCCAAUUCCACCAACGGUGCCCCAACGGAUGUGGCCGCCAAGGACGCACAACGCAGCCGGCUCCAGCAGCAGGUGAACCGUCAACCGAUUCGACUUACGCUCGCCCAGCGUCUGGAGGAGACGGAACCGGAUCGCGAACCGACGGUUGUCACCGGUCAGCAACCCGUCCGGCCCGUCUAUCUCAUCAAUCUUCCCGAGUCGACGCUGCAGCAGCUAAUCCUGCUCAGCAACCCGCAGCCCACGCUCCAGCUGGCUCCAGUUGGCCCUCAGCUGGCACCGACCGCCGUGCUGCUGUCCGAUCUGGACUACCUCUACACAAAGAAGUGA